UGUUGAAUUUUGUAACUAGAGGAAGUGGGAGAAUGUAAUUGGAGUGUUGUUAAAGUUCUCGAGUUAUUUGUUAAAAUUGUGAAAGAUAAACACCAAAAUAGUAAAUAACGAUGCUCGAGUUUGAAGAUGGAUGCUUCUUGGAGGAAGACAAGAUGUACGUUGCAAUGUGGACAGGUGAGACACACAUUGAAAAUGUUUGGUGAUCCAAGAUAUCAGUAUCAUUUAUUAUCCACUAUAGACUUGGAUGAUAUGUAUGCACAAUCGGAAUUGUUUGAAGAUCGCAUGGGUAUGACUAUUACCUCAGGAAAUGUGACAAUUAAGAAAGAUGACAGUAAUUUGAUAGGUAUUAGUAUUGGUGGUGGAGCACCUUAUUGCCCAUGUUUAUAUGUUGUUCAAGUAUUUGAUAAUACACCAGCUUCCAGAGAUGGUACCCUUCAAUCUGGAGAUGAAAUUGUUGGUGUUAAUUCAACAUCUGUGAAAGGCAAAACUAAAGUUGAAGUUGCAAAAAUGAUACAAGCAGUUAAGGAGCAAGUGACAAUAAAUUAUAAUAAAUUACAUGCUGAUCCAAAGCAAGGAAAAUCAUUGGAUAUUGUUUUGAAAACUGUUAAGCAUCGCAUUGUUGAAAAUAUGAGUUCUACUACUGCAGAUGCUCUUGGUUUAAGCAGAGCAAUUUUGUGUAAUGAUAACUUAGUUAAGAAAUUAGAAGAAUUAGAAAGAAAUGAACAUUUAUACAAAGGACUUGCAACCCAUACUAAACAAAUGUUAAAGAAGUUUUAUGAUAUGUGUGAAGUUUAUAGAGCUUUUGGUGAAGUAUUUGCUGAAAUAGGUGUUAGAGAACCUCAACCAUCAGCAAGCGAAGCAUUUAGCAAAUUUGCUAAAGCGCAUAGAAAUAUGGAAAAACAUGGAAUUAAAAUGUUAAGAACUGUUCGACCAAUGCUAACUGAUUUGGCAACUUACAUUACCAAAGCAGUUCCUGAUACAAAACUCACCAUUAAAAAAUAUGCAGAUGCUAAAUUUGAAUAUUUGUCUUAUUGCCUUAAAGUUAAGGAAAUGGAUGAUGAAGAGUAUACAUAUCAAGCAUUACAAGAACCAUUAUAUCGGGUAGAAACUGGCAAUUAUGAGUAUAGAUUAAUUUUACGAUGUCGACAAGAUGCCCGAAGCAGAUUUGCUAAACUUCGCUCUGAUGUUUUAAUUAAAUUAGAACUUUUAGAUCAAAAACAUGUUCAGGAUAUAGUAUUUCAAUUACAAAGGCUUGUAUCAGCUCUUGCACAAUAUCAUACAGAAUGCCAUACUGUAAUGAAAGCGACUAAUAUUUUUCCAAUUGAAGUGGAUCUAUCCAAAAGCACAUUCCAUUAUUCCGAUCCGGCAAAUAGUGCUUAUCACGAUUUAGAAGACGAGGAUGAUGACGACGAGCUUUUGACAGCCGAAGAAGUGAAAGAAAAUGAACCGAAUUUACUUGGGGAUUAAAAUAUUAUUCUGGGAAUCAAUUUGUUUAAAAUGUUUGUUACUUCAGUAUUAUAUUUUUUGUGAUAAAUUUAAAAACUAAUUUAAAGAAAACUAGUCAUUCCUAUUGUUAAUUUCCAAAUUA